GGGCGGAGAGGAUGACUUCAUGCCGCCGGAGCGCCGUGAAUUUAGGAGCAGCUGCCGCCGGCACCGCCGGCACCGGGAUGUGGGGGUGAAGAGGCAGCGGGAGCUGAGGGAGGGGCAGCGCGGGGCGCCCCGAUCCGCCGCCACCACAUCCAGCAGCGGGAGGCGGGGAGGGGGGAAGAUGCGCUGAGCCGGUCGCUGCAAAGGUCUCCAAGUUGGCCUAUGGUAUUUAUCUAAGCAGAUACUGAGAAGUACGGUGUCAUUGGGUGUAUUCUUGGCAAACUCCAAGCCUGCAUGUGAAAUGUGAGAUCUCAGCAGAAGCACAUUGUAGUUUAGCAACUUUGCAAGAGUGCUGUUUUUAUCACUGCCCUAGAAGAUACAGUAAUAAGCUGAAGCUCUUCUGUUCUGGAUGCUGCAACACAUACUUUGAUGGUACUGCUAUGUGGAUAUUUGUUAGCAAUGACUGAUGUGGAAUCUACAUAUGCAGACUUUAUUGCUUCAGGAAGAACAGGUAGAAGAAAUGCACUACAUGACAUACUUGUGUCCUCUCCAGGUGGGAACUCUAGUGAACUAGCCUUAAAGUUAUCAGAGCUUGAUAUAAACAAAGCAGAAGGAGAAGGAGAUGCACAACGAAAUCCAAGUGAGCAAACGGGGGAGGCCCAAGGGGAGGCAGCAAAGCAAGAAAGCUGACAUCCGACUUUGACCGACUGGAGCAACUGCUGGAUGUUUUCAGGCUACAAGAGCAUGCUGGAACAAAUUUGUUUCCAUGAGCAAGCUGGUGGAAAAGCAAGUGCAUGUGUCUUCACUGCUGGAACCCAGUCAACACAAUGCUAAAAAUGGGGGUACAAGCUGUGGCAGAAGACAGAAUUUUCUCUACCUCUGUCAUUAGCAAUGGUUGAACAUGCAUUGAUUUUUGGGGUAGUGUCAUCAGAUGGAUCCCUUCAUAAUGACUACUUGAUGGGAACACUUUUAGAAAGUAGAACAAACAGGUAAAUCUUGUAGCAAAUGGCCUUUGAAACAUCAGAGGAUCUAAUAGUGUAUCUUAAGCAAAGGCUUGUGUGAUCCUCAGAGUUUAAAAUUCUCUGGCCAAAGUGUUCACCCAUUAAAAGAACUGUAAAGAAAGCACUGUUUUUAGAACUUUGCGUCUGUUUUACAGCUCUGUUAUUUACAAUGGUUUUUGUAUUGUAUGACUUAGAUGCUCCACACUGCCCCUUCUCAACUGCUUAUGAAGAAUAUUUCUGUUACUGUGAAUUUUUCUACCACGCGUUUUGAAAGGGCUGUUUUUUUUGCAUAAUGUGGUGAUGUGCACAUGAUAGAUUUAAAACGUCAACCGCUAAAUUGAUUAUGCCUAAACCUAAAUGACUCAGCAACACUCUAAUUUGUUACUAGAUAAGCCUUCAAAACGAUUCAUUAAUGUGAAUACUUCGGUGUGUUUUGUGUCCUUGGUACAUUUUUGCCACUUGCCUGUAGUUAGUUGCAUAUCAGAGACUCAAAUCGAAUCUUUGAUGUUAUUCUUCCCCAUUUUCUAAUUUUACUCCCAAUUUCUUAAUCUUUCUCCAAGCUAUUUUUUUAAAAUGUUAGUCCUAGUAUUUUAUUGUAAUGGUAGUUUUAAGAAUACAUUUAUAACCUUAUAUGGGUUAAAAUUCAAACAAAUUCCAUGGUGCUAGAGAUUUUUCUGGUUCACAUUGUUAAAGAUGGUCCUUGUAUACACAUGGGAAAAUAAGUGGCAUAGGUUAUGGCCAAUUAUCUAUUCUGGAAUGAGUUUUAGAUCGCAGGAUAGUCCAAGUAGUGGAUCAUCAACCAGGUCCAGCCAGGGGAACUACCUUUUUCUACUCCUUGGCUUUGCCUCAGUUGAGCAGGCUGUUGAGUUUGCACAUCCAGUAGCCUGUUUACUGAUGUACCAGACACAGCCAAGUGCUAGAAGAAGCUGCCCCAGCAGCCUUUUGGUCAGGUUGUGGAAAAGGACGUUGAAAGAGUUAGAAGCUAGCACCCAAAAUACUAGAUUUUUCCUAUUUCAGCAAUUCCAAAAUGGCAGUCUGAACUGGACAUUUACUGAAAUACCAGGUUAGCUUGUCCAUCCAGGGGACUCCUUAAAAUACCCAUAAAUUAAUAACCUAUUCUGCCAUAGCUGUGCUGAUUGAUUUCCUUCCCACCCCUGCCCCAGCAGACAAGGCCAUACAUGAGGCUGAACUCUGCAAAAUGGGGCAGUUAUACUUGCGUGUGACUGAGGUGAGAAAAGAGAGUGACUGACUAGUAAACCAUGGCAAUCACAUAAGUACCAAUCGCAAAGUCAGAAGAUUUUUUUUCUUUUUAUUAACGGGAGGUGAUGUCACUUUCUUUAUAUAUAAUUAUAUAUAUAUUAUAUAUAUUUUUGUGUUGUUGUUGGUUUCAAAUGUUAUGCACUUUUUAAUGUUUGUAAACUUUUACUAAUGAAUAGUGUGAUUGCUUCCUGAAUAUAUUAAUCAUCAGUUAACAAAACAUAUUUGUGGCCACAGUUAUUUGUUUCUACCAUAUGUAUCAUAGUAUUUGUCACAUGAAAUUCUUUUGUGAGAUGUGUGGAGAAAAAAAAAACACUUCUGAUCAGUAUUAUGAGCUCAUUUAUUAAUGUUAAUAAAAAAACAAGCCAGCA